AAAGAAGACAAAAAGGGAAUCAAGACGAAAAAACUGCCAGUGCGGACCAAAAGCGAGCCAAAUCUAAGAAGCGAAAGAAAAAAAGAUAGGAUUAAAUAUAAUAGAAAAAAUGGGGGUAAGCUAGUGCAGAAAUUUGGUUAUGAAAUACAAGAUGUUGAUGGUUUUCUGGCAAAGGCAACAUUAAAUAAACCCGCAAAUAUACCCGUUGUCUUGGCAUUACCAAGUGUGCUUUACCAGACGAGAGUGGGCGGCUAUCAAGCAGAAAUUUCUCUACCAUUAGGUAUGGUAGUGAAUGCCAUAUUUAAGAACCAAAAUUGGCUUUAUGUUCAAACACCUCAUGCUGAGGAAGGAUAUAUUUCUUAUACUGCUUGUUUACCUUUAGGUAUAAUUCCACCUCCACAAGAUGAUAAAUCAUCACCAUGUUGGGAAAAGUCAACAGAUGUAUUUCCAAAACCUUCGGGAAAUAUGACAGACACCGAGAAACCUAGUUAUAAAUCUGACAAUAAUGAGGAUACCCAUUGUCCUAGGACUAGAUAUAGGACAGCUUAUAGCACUUGUGGUGAAAAAAGCGUCGAUAGGUUAUAUUUGAGGGCAGCUGCAAUAGCCAAAGGCAAAGGCACUAGACAUACUCUUCUAGUGAUAAAUGAAAACUAUAAAGGCAAUGAAAGAGAAUCUUUGUCAGUUUCCAAAAACGACGUAGUUUUUUUACUUAAUGCAAGCACGAAGGGGUGGUUUUAUGUUCAAAAUAAGGAAGGAAGAAAGGGAUUUAUCCCUGCAGUUAUUGCUGGGCAUGGUUUUCUGUAAAUUUAGAAUAAUUAGUUGUAUAAUUUAUUUCAAGGAACAGUAAUAUAAGAUGAUCUAGA